AUGACCGAGGAUGACGCCGCCGAUGGGCCGGAGUGGUGGUACCUGGACCGCUCCGGCCAGGAGUUCGGGCCGUUCAGGCAGGCCAAGAUGCGGACCUGGUUCUCCCAAGGCUUCUUCCCAAUCGGGGACGAGCUGCUGUUGAGAAUGAAGGACUGGUCGCGGCAUGUGCCCCUCUACGAGCUGUACCCGGAGGGGGCCGAGAAGUUCGCCGGGGAGCCCCGCGGCGCACGAGGCCCUCCCGGCGCGCCGCGCCUGGCGGCGGCGGCGGCCCUCCGCCGCCGGGCCCGCCGCAAGGCCACGAGCACGCCUAUGGCGCCCCCGUCGGGCCCGCCCCGCCCCCGCCGGCCUACGGCGGCGCCUACGCCGGCGGCGGGCCCGGGCCGCCGCCGCCCUCCCACGGCCAUCCCCCGUACGGCCCGCCGGUGCCGCAUGGUCCGCCACCCCCAGGGAACGGCUACAUGCCGCCCCCCGCGCACUUCGGCUACCCGCCGCCGCACGGGCCGUACGGCUACCCCCCGCCAGGUUACGGCCCGCCGCCGCAUGGCAUGCCCCCGCCGCACGGCUAUCCGCCGCCGCAUGACCCUUGGUACGGCAGGCCCCCGCUGGACGACCGGUGGCGCGGAGACCGCGGCCGAAGCAGGUCGCGGUCGCCCCGCCGGGGCUGGGCGUCGUCGCCCGGGCGGGGGCGAGGACCCCGACAGAAGGAAAGGCAACGGAGAGAAAGGCGGCGGCCGGUUCCGGGCGCACCACACAACCGGCGUGCCCAAGAUGACGGACCUGAGCUCGAAGUUCGGCGGCGCCGCCGAGGGGCCUCCGACCACCGCGAUGCUCAGGACGAACAUCCCGAACAAGUACUCGCAGGAGCAGCUCCUCGAGGAGAUCAAGAGUCAGGGCUUCGACAACAAAUUCGACUUCUUCUACCUGCCCAUAGACAUCAAAAACAGUGCAAACGUGGGGUAUGCCUUCAUAAAUUUCGUGGAGCCGCAAAGCUUCGACGAUUUCUGCGUGAAGUUCAAGGAUCCUGGAAGAGGGAGAGGGGGGGAACGAGGAAGAGAUAGGUGGCCGCGGUGA